AGCAAGACCAUGUCGCUUUCAGUCCGCACCUCUGCACUGUCCAGGAGGUCAUCCUCUCAGAGUGGGGUGGCAGCAAGACCUUGGGGAGCAUCUGCUUCUAGUGUUGCAGGCAGCUAUGGAGGAAUGGCCUCCGGCCUUGGAGUUGGCUGUGGGGGGCUCCUUUCUGCUGCUUCCAUGUUUGGCUGUGGCUCUGGCUUUAGUGGUGGCUCUACAUGCUCUUUACCAGGGCUUGGCACUGCCUACGGGGGACCUCUGGGAGGUGGCUUCGGAGGACUGGGAAUAGGGGGAAACUCAGGUGGUGGUUCUCUGUGCGUCUUCUCUGACAAUGAUGGAGGGCUUCUUUCUGGUUCUGAAAAAGAAACCAUGAAAAAUCUGAACGAUAGACUAGCUUCCUAUCUGGGUAAGGUUCGCGCUCUAGAGGAGGCUAAUGCGGAACUGGAAAACAAAAUUCGAGAGUGGUACGAAACGCGACGCACUGGAGACUCCGGGCCCCAGAGUGAUUACAGUAAAUAUUACCCACUGAUUGAAGAGUUAAAGAAUAAGAUCAUUUCUGCCAGCGUUGGGAAUGCCCAGGUCAUCCUGCAGAUUGACAACGCAAGGCUGGCUGCUGAGGACUUCAGGGUGAA